AUGGAGGAGGGUGGCGGGACCGUGAGCGCUGCGGUGCGGGAGCACCUGCGGCAGUUGUGUCUGCAGGAGUUUCCGUGCGGCGCAGGCAGCUGGAAUAAGUCGAGAUUUCUUCCUCAAACUUGGCGGACGUGGCGGGAGCUGGUCCCCAGAGAAGAGGAGGCUGGGGGCCCCUCGGAGGAGACCGUGGAGGACCUGCUGGACCUGGUCUGCAGCCCCCAGUCGCCCUGGGCUCUGCUGGAGGGCUCCAGUGCGGAGGACCUGUUCCUCAGGCAGCUGGCCAUCCGGAAGCCCCAGAUGCUCAAAGAGGACUUCCUGUACUCCUACUUCAGGUCCCUCCAGGUGGUGGACAAAGAGGUGAGCCUGGUGGAUAAAGACCUCCUGAAAUUCCCAAAGCUUGAAGAGUUGGUACUGAGUGCCAAUCAAAUCAAGGAGAUCGAUGCCUUCAAUCUGCCACCAACUCUCAAGGUGCUGGAGCUCUAUGGCAACAUCAUCACCAGUAUGAAGUGUCUGUGUGCUCACCCUCCACCAGGCCUCCAGCACUUGGGGUUGGGCCACAACAAGCUUCUGGGCCCCCUGCAAAGCAUGUACAUCACCUCCCAACACUGGCCCAACCUGGUGUCUCUGGACCUGGGCUUCAACGACCUGACAGACCUGCAGGGCAUGGUGGCCAGCCUGAGCACCCUGCAGCGCCUGCGGCUGCUGAUCCUGCAGGGCAACCCGCUGGCCCUGGUGCCCUACUACCGCGGCUUCACCGUCGACAGCCUGGCCCAGCUCUGCGUGCUGGACGACAUCACCGUGUCUUCCAGCGAGAAGCACCAGUUCCAGGGGCUCCGCUACAAAGCGGACGUCCUGGCGCGCGAGGCGCAGUUCGUGGUGACGAUUGGAAACAUCAGGGGGGUUCUGGACUCCUCGGUCCUGGACCCGGAGCCGGGGCCCCAGGGGCCCUUCAUCACCUACAGCUACUACGUGACCUACGACUUCGUGGAGGACGAGGAGGGCGAAGGGAGCGAAUACGGAGGGGUCCUGGCCGAGGUGCGCCCGGGGGUCCUGGGCGGGGGGCUGCUCUGGGCCCACGGGGUUUCCCUCAGCCGCUUUCCUCCCGUUGGAGUCACUCCCAGCGGCUCACCCUUCCGACGCCUGGGUGUCCCCCCCCCCACACACAGGACAGUCCUCUUCAGCACCGUCCGCAGGCCCUGGGCUGACGUCAUCCCCUGCAACUAUGAGAUGCAGCACACGAUCCGGGACCUGGUGCCGCUCAAGGCCUUCCUGCUGGCGGGGACAACCGUGACCAUCGUGGAGGAGAAGAUUCUCUCCUGGCCCGUGGUGCCACCUCCUGUGGACAGUUUCUCGCCUACCAAGGGAAAAGGGGAGAAAGAGAAAGGGGAGAAAGAGAAAGAGAAGAAAGAGAAAGAAGAGAAAGAGCCCCCCCAGGAACAGAAGGGGACCAAGAAGAAGAGAGGGAUCUCUAAGGAGUUUCGCCAGGACCCCCCCAUCCUGCGGGUGCUAGGCAGCGGCCUGGUGGUCCUGGAGCCCCUGCUGGCGGGGGACCCACUCGUGUCUACCCUGUGCAUGUUUGGGGUGAUCCGCACCUUGGAAUCCGACAGGCUGACAUUUCUCAGGCUUUGGAGCCAGGGAAGGCCAAGAACAAGAUGCCAGCCUUGCCAGGUAAGGGCCUCUUCCUGGUUAACAGCCAGGCCCUUCUCAUGUGUCCUCACCUGGUGCAUGAAUUUUCUCAAUGAAAAAAAGUGUAAGGUAAGUGCACUUGUCCAUGGAUUAGGAGAUUGAAUAUUAAGAUGUCAGAUUUUCUCGGAUUGAUCUGUAGAGUCGAUGCCAUUUCAGUCAUCAUCCUAGAGGGAUUAAAAACAAUAGGAAUCGGCAAUCUGAUUCUAAAAUGCAUAUGAAAAUGCAAAGGACAGAGGGUCAGCAAAACAACUUUGAAAAAGCACAAAGAAAAAAUAAAUAAAAUACAUCAUGGGGGCAGGGGGUUAGAUAAAGCACCAAAGGAUUUAUACUGCUGGACUUCAAGACCAUGCAAGUCUUGACUUGCGAGUGGUGACAGAGCUGUGGGGUGAGGUUGAUCUUGAAAUUAUCUGUGCUGGUCGUAUUUGGUGGUUCUCCCAGGAUUCUAAUCUCAGGAUUUUGUUUACAUUUUUGCAAAUCUCUUUAACACCUGGCUUAACGGAGGACGGUGGCAACACACGGCUGCCCCUGUGGCCCCUGGGCAGUGCUGAGGGGUGUGAGGAAGUCCAGCCUCACGUGGACAUGUGCCUGGAAAGGAGGCGCGUAGUGUAGGUUUUCUGUUGACUGCAGGUACCCUCCUCUGACAUUACAUCAAAUAUGCCCGCUCGUCGGUUUGUGAGGGUCAGUUCAAGGUGAACGCUGAGUCUACGA